AUGAUGGGUGCGCUAGUGGCUUUCAUAGGGAGCUUGGAUGAGCAGAGGCAGAAUGUGAUGAAAUUGUUGAGCGUGUUGAGAGGGGUGGAAGCUUGGGAGUUGAGCAGAGAGGAGCAGAUGGGGCAAGUGAUUGAGAGGCUGAGGGUGGAGUUGGAGAAUGAGAGGGGGAGGAAUUUCCAGUUGGAGAUGGAAUUGGAGUUUCUAAGGAUUCAGGUUUCUGGUGCACAUAGCAGCACUGGGGCUGGUAUCGAUUGA